UUUAUGUGGAAUCUGUCGAAAAGAAGGACAUAACAGAAAAACAUGCCUGUACAAUAAUAGUGAUAUGGUAUUAAACAAAAUGGGAAAAACUUUAGUACCCUGGCAAUUACAUAAAAUCGUUAGAAACAGACCCCCCAAAGGAAGAAUAUGUUCAUGGUGUGGUGCGUUAGAUCAUAAUAGAAGAAAAUGUCCUUUUCCUUGGAGAGAUGAUCAAGCUGAAAUCAGAACUACAGCAAAAAAAUAUUUUGAAGCACCGUAUUAUCCCAUACGAAUGUGUGGUUGGUGUGGUGCCAUCAGUCAUAACAGAAAAAAUUGUCCUAUUCAUAAAGCUAGAGGAGAUGAAAUAGAUAACGAUCAUAAAAGAGUAUUAAUAGAGGUAAUUGUAUUACCAAAUGUUUGGUUUGAUAUCGAAUACAGACCUUACUACAGACCAUAUCAUAGACCUAGACUUCCAUAUAGGCCAUACAGGCCAAGAAGACAACGUAUACCAAACUACAUAGCCGCUUGCAGAUGUUGUGGUGGUGAAAAUCAUACUAGAAAUGAUCCGAACGCCCCUGUCGAAAUCAAAACUGUAUCAAUCCUAGAUUG